AUGGAUGAAAAACAUGAUCAAACUUUAGCAAUGCUUAAUGAUGAAAAUCAUCCACAACAAACAAGACCUAAUGAAAAUCGAUCACCAUUAGCAAAAUGUUGCACGAGUUUUCUUGGUACACUUCAUAAUAAUUUACUUCUGACAUUAACCAUCGCCGGUGUUUUCCUUGGUUUCUUAAUGGGUUUUCUCAUUCGUUUAUCAGAACCAACCUCCGAAACGAUUAUGAUGCUUUCGUUUCCCGGUGAUAUUCUAAUGCGUAUGCUGAAAAUGCUAAUUUUACCUCUAAUUACAUCCAGUCUUAUUACUGGUUUAGCCGUACUCGAUCCGAAAUCGAGUGGUAAAUUAGGUUUAUAUGCAUUAACAUAUUACUUUUGUACGACUGUACUUGCUGCUAUACUGGGUAUUAUUUUGGUAUCGGUUAUUCGACCAGGUGAACGAGCAAAUAGAGUUGAAGUUCGUGCAGAAGCAUUCAGUAGCGACCCAGCAGCUGAUCAAGUAACAACACUUGAUGCUAUAUUUGAUCUGUUUCGUAAUAUGUUUGCUGAAAAUAUAAUUCAAGCAGGACUCGAACAAAUUAAAACAACAAGAGAAAAUCUAGUUGUUUACAAUAAUGCUACAAAUAUGACUGUAACUAAAGUUAAAUUCAUUACACGUUAUGUUGCUGGAACGAAUUUUUUAGGUUUGAUUACAUUUUGUUGUGCAUUCGGCAUUACAAUUGGAACAAUGGGCAAACGAGGAGAACCAAUGCUACAUUUCUUUCUUAUACUAAAUGAAAUUGUCAUGAAAUUGAUUAAACUUGUCAUGUGGUAUUCUCCAUUCGGUAUCAUGUUUUUGGUUGCAGGAAAAAUCUUAGAAAUCGAAGAUUUACUUCAAUUGGCUCAAAGUUUAGGAAUGUAUGCAUUCACAGUUUUGCUUGGUUUAGCUAUACAUGCAUUGAUUACGUUACCAUUAAUCUUUUAUGGUGUGACACGUCAAAAUCCAUUUAAAUUCUAUGAAGGUAUGCUUCAAGCUUGGUUGACUGGUAUCGGUACUGGUUCAAGUGCUGCAUCGUUACCUGUUACAUUUCGAUGUUUGGAAGAAACAUUAAAAUUAGAUAGACGUGUGACACGAUUUGUCCUACCAAUCGGAGCUACUGUUAAUAUGGAUGGUACUGCUUUAUAUGAAGCUGUCGCUCCAGUUUUUCUUGCCCAACUUAUUGGAAUAAAAUUAGGCAUUGGCCAAUUGAUUAUUGUUAGUUUAACGGCCACAGUAGCUUCGGUUGGAGCUGCAUCAAUUCCAUCGGCAGGUCUUGUUACAAUGCUUUUAGUUAUGUCAGCUGUGAAUAUUCCUGCGAAAGAAAUUACAAUUAUCUUUGCCAUCGAUUGGGCUUUAGACCGAAUUCGAACAUCAGUUAAUAUAUUAGGUGAUGGUAUUGGAGCUGGUGUUGUUAAUUAUCUUUGUCGCGCGGAAUUAGGUCCACCUGAUAUUGAAGAUACAGAAAAUAUCAAUGCAAGUGUGAAAGCGCGAACAGCAUCAGAAAUAGGUUCCGACCGACGAGUGCGUAGUCGAGACGAUUUCAAUGAAACGUCGAAACUUUAA